AUGUCGACGCUUAUGAUAGAACUGCCGGAUUCCUGCCAGCUGGAGGAUCCGGGCGAUCCCGAUGUCGCCGGGCUCGUUGUCAUCAUAGCUUUCCUCAUAUCUACGUGCCUCGCCUUUGCAAUGGCCAUCACGCUGUACCUCCGCUUCGCCAUUCCCAGCCUCUGUAAUGACAUCGACGCCGUCAUCGUCACAGCCCUAAAGCAUGUCUUCCACAAGCGCAAGCCAACCCGCGACGAAGAGGGUGUCACACCAGAACCCGAGGGCGAGGCCGGGGAGUCGAUAUUCACCAGGGAAGCAGUCGACGCCAUCCUCUUCGACGUCCUCCGCAGCCAAAACGACCAGCUUCUCCUCCUCGGCCUGGCCAUCACCCUAUCCCUCUACGUCCGCAUCUCCGAGCUCCACCAGCUCUCUGCGUACGCGUUCCGCAUGUCCACCUCCACCGCCUGGCUAACCUGCGUCUCCCUCCUCUUUAUCCUGAUCGCCGUGGGUGGGUACGUGCGGCGGAUGGCCCGACUCCUCGGGAUCCAAGAGCUCUUCUUCCGCAGGAUAUUCGGGUUGGGCGAAGAGUACCAGUGGAUGAUGGAUCCCGGACGCGUCGUCCUGAACCAGCGGCGCAUAGCGAAGAGUAGCCUGGGCCAGGGCGCGCCGGAUUGGGCUGCGAAGCCGGACGCCCGCGGACUCCGGGACUUUCUUCGCAUUCUGCUCGGCGACCUUGCCGAUUCCUUUUUCUGGGAGCUUUCGUGGCUCGUGUUCUAUUUCACCUUUGGCCUCACAUCCCUCCUCGUGUCUUGGACGGCUCUGCCGCCACUUUCGCAGUGGGAGCUUUCCUUCGGACAGCUCAUCCCCAUUUUCUCACUUCUCUUCUUCGCUACGCCCGCGUACGAUAAUUAUAUGGCUUCUCGGCGGGCGAAGAAAGGGUUCUCCAUGGACACGAGCGACGCUUGGCUCGAGUUCUGGACCACCGCCGGCCAACAAGGCUACACGCCUGUCCGCCUUCUUGACCCUUUGAAUUAUCAAGUCGCACAGUCGGUAAUUACCAAGGAAAGCAGGAGAGGCGGAGAUCCGGCUGUGCCCCAAGAACAGAGGACCGCCACCCCCGGCCGCUGGCUUCGGCAAGUCUAUACGAGUGGGCCGGGGCCGGUGUUACAAGUCGACGUGCUGCUUAGGAGGUCCAGUGGCCAUCCCGUCUUGUCGGAUGCGAGCGUCUCGGGUUCCGGUGCCCCUCCCUUGACAGGCCGCGCUUCACAGUCCAGCGCCCGGGGCUCGGGCAAACACGAGGAACACGAAGCCGCGCCGGAAGAUGAUUGCACAGACAUGAAACCCAUGCCAGUGAGCCCUAUUGAUACAGAGAAAACUGCUAGCCCACACAACCAGGGCGAGGACGUAGACAUUGACGCCGGAAGAGAAGGGGCUAGUCCUCGCGCGAAUAACAGGAGUGAUGACUCUCAAAAGACAUCCGACCACGCCCAUACGCAUAGAGCUGAUGAAGACUCCUUGAGGAUCGAGCACGUGGACGACGGCAAUGACGACACCGGGAGAGUGUUCUAUAGCGAGAACCGGGGUUCCAUCGGUCCCUCCAUUCUCCAGGAUGGAUCUGUACCUAACCUUCACGACAAUUCCAAAAUAAUGCACGAACCUGGAUCCUCCGAUAACGCAGAGCUGGGCGACCAGAGCCAACCCCCCAGCUGCUCUUCACCCCCCGCGCCAAGACCGACGAAGAACUUCUACGUCUACAUCUACACCUUCAACCGCUCACUCGUGAUCUGCUCCAUCGCCUAUUUUACCACCCUAGGAUUCGCCUACCUCCCCCUCCUCGCCAUCUUUCUCGGUGGCGCCUUUGCGGGCUCGGUCCUGGGUCCCAACGCGACGGCUUGGGCCGUCGUCUCGAGCGUCGUGGGCGCGUCACACUUGGCUGCGCUCAUGUCCACCGACCUGGCGCAAAUACACCGGCACGUUGUGGCGCUGCGGAAGUUCCAGAUGCAGGAGCGAAGGGAGCGCGAGCGAGAGGAGAGGGUUGAGAGGAUGAAUAGGGAGAUCCAUGAGCAUAUGAUCAUGACACGGGAACCGGCUUACAUGGUCCAUCGGACGGACUCGUAUAUGUAG